GAGCGGAAACUGGAUGCUGGAUUUGGCCCCAAAUAAUUCCUGUUUCGAUUCGAUGAGGGAGAAAAAAAUGGCGGAACAAGCAGAGGAGAGGUAAAAUUGAGAUGAUCGCCGCUUUCUGCCCUUGGAUGGUCUUCUUGAUCUUUCUCUGCGCUUUUCUGCACCGGCUAGACUCCGUUCAUGGAGGAGACUCCGUUCGUGGAGGCAACACCUCUUUUGCGUCUUCUUUUACUCGAAUCCCGCGCGAUCUGUACCAUUCGAGUGGUUCAUUGUUGAAGGAAAUUAAUGCCUUGGUGGAUCGUCACCCUGAGAAGUUAGCUAUGGAGUUUAUAAGAGCAUCUAAUAAGGGAUAUGGUGCUGAUGUACCAGUAGUCACAUACAACCAUGCCAAGCAAAAGGAAAAAAAUGACUCACGGUACCGCAUUCUUCUUAGCUUUGGACAACAUGGGAGAGAGCUUAUUACAACUGAAGUGGCACUACAUCUUCUUUCUAUUUUGAGUGAAGAACAUAGCCCACAUGGAAUUGCUGGUUUUGAUCCUACUUCUCUAGAAAAUCUUGUCAUAAAGGUUGGUAUGGCCUUGACUUCUCUAGAGAAAAAUCUAGAAAAUCUUGUCAUAAAGGUAGUGCCAAUGGAAAAUCUGAAGGGACGUGAACUAGUUGAAGCUGGGGAGUUCUGUGAGAGAAGGAAUGGGCGUGGUGUAGACCUCAACAGAAAUUGGAGUGUUGAUUGGGGAAAAAAAGAGAAGGAUUAUGAUCCAUAUGAAGAAAAUCCUGGAGCUGCACCUUUUAGUGAGCCCGAGGUUCAAAUAAUGCGGAUGCUUUCAAAGUCAUUCAAUCCUCAUAUUUGGGUGAAUGUGCAUUCUGGGAUGGAGGCUCUCUUCAUGCCAUAUGAUCAUAAAAAUGCAACACCAGAUGGGUUUACAUCACAGUUGAUGAAAUCAAUGCUAAAGGGUUUGAACCAUCAUCACUUCCAAGAUAGAUGUUUAGUCGGAUCCGGCGGCGGUUCGGUGGGUUAUCUUGCUCAUGGAACAACUACUGAUUACAUGUAUGAAAUUGCCAAGGUGCCAUUUUCUUUUACCUUUGAGAUAUAUGGAGAUCCAAGUGCAUCAUCAAAAGAUUGUUUUAAAAUGUUUAAUCCAGUUGAUGCUGCCACUUUCCAAAGAGUUAUCAAGGAAUGGUGUGGUGCAUUCCUGUCCAUAUUCAAGGCAGGCCCUGAACUUCUAAAGAGCGCAAACAUGACGCAGGGCCGAUGGAUUUCCAUAGGCGCAGAGUCGCUGGAAGGGCUGUUAGACGGCAAUAGCAGAGAGAAGGGAAGGAAGAUGGACGGUCUCGAGUUUGGAAUGAGCGAGAUGAGAACCUAUUUUAGGCUUUUCAUGCUCUCAUGCGGCCUGUUAAUGUUCAUGUUCUGUUCCAGGAUUUCAAAGGCCAAAUUUCGACAGGGUUGUCAGUACAUGUUGUAAUUUCAUUCUUUUUGUAGUGUUUUUUUUUUU